CAUUCAACACACAACUCGCGCCAGCUGACAAGCAAGCAGCAGCAGCAGCAGCAUAUCUUGCUCUCCUACUUUGUUUUGCCACACAACAAAGCUCUCUCGCAAGCAAAUGAAGCUGGGAGUCAGGAUGGGGAGGAGUUUGACAGAUCAAGUACUGGAUCAAACUUAAAAAGCUAAUAUCUUAAUUCAGCAUACUGGAAAAAAGGUCACCUUGCCUUGCUGGAAAAAGAAGCACACAAUCUCAGCCUUGCAGCUCUGUGUUCGGUACCUUCUGCUUGCCUCUGUUCUACGUAGUUAGGCUAUCUGAUUACACAGACAAGGAUACUCAUGGUAGAUGACAAGGGAAAGAACAUGAAAUGUCUCACCUUCUUCUUGAUGCUUCCAGAGACAGUUAAGAACAGGUCCAAGAAAAGCUCCAAGAAGGCAAGCAGUAGCAGUGGUGGCAGCAGCAGCAAGUUACCUCCAGUUUGCUAUGAAAUCAUUACCUUGAAGACUAAAAAGAAGAAGAAGAUGGCUGCUGAUAUUUUCCCCCGAAAGAAGCCGGCGAACAGUAACACCACUGCUGUCCAGCAGUACCACCAGCAAAACAUCAAUAACAACAACAUCAUCCCAGCUCCAAACUGGCAAGGACUGUACCCCACCAUCCGAGAAAGAAAUGCAGUAAUGUUCAACAAUGACUUGAUGGCAGAUGUUCAUUUUGUGGUUGGUCCACCAGGUGGGACCCAGCGGUUGCCAGGACACAAAUAUGUCUUAGCUGUUGGAAGCUCUGUAUUCCAUGCAAUGUUUUAUGGAGAGCUUGCUGAGGACAAAGAUGAAAUCCGUAUACCAGAUGUGGAGCCUGCUGCUUUCCUCGCUAUGCUGAAAUACAUAUAUUGUGAUGAAAUUGACUUGGCUGCGGAUACAGUUCUGGCAACUCUCUACGCUGCCAAGAAGUACAUCGUUCCUCAUCUUGCCCGCGCAUGUGUUAACUUCCUAGAGACGAGUCUGAGUGCAAAAAACGCUUGUGUACUGCUCUCCCAGAGCUGCUUAUUUGAGGAACCAGACCUGACUGAGCGCUGCUGGGAAGUGAUUGAUGCCCAGGCAGAGCUGGCUUUGAAAUCGGAAGGGUUCUGUGACAUUGAUUUUCAAACACUCGAAAGCAUCCUCCAGAGGGAGACCCUGAAUGCCAAAGAAAUUGUGGUUUUUGAAGCUGCUCUCAGUUGGGCCGAAGUAGAGUGUCAACGCCAAGAAUUACCUGCCAGCAUAGAAAACAAGCGCAAAGUCCUUGGGAAGGCGCUCUAUCUCAUCCGCAUCCCUACGAUGGCGCUUGAUGACUUUGCAAAUGGUGCUGCUCAGUCCGGCAUCCUGACCCUCAAUGAAACAAACGAUAUCUUCCUUUGGUACACAGCUGCCAAAAAGCCAGAGCUGCAGUUUGUGAGCAAUGCCCGGAAAGGCCUUGUCCCACAACGCUGCCACCGCUUCCAGUCUUGUGCCUACCGCAGCAACCAGUGGCGCUACAGGGGCCGUUGUGACAGCAUACAGUUUGCUGUUGACAAGAGAGUGUUCAUUGCUGGCUUCGGGCUCUAUGGCUCCAGCUGUGGAUCGGCCGAAUACAGUGCCAAGAUUGAACUCAAACGGCAAGGCGUUAUCCUAGGGCAAAACUUGAGCAAGUACUUCUCUGACGGAUCUAGCAACACUUUCCCAGUGUGGUUUGAGUACCCCGUGCAGAUCGAGCCAGAUACCUUUUACACAGCUAGUGUGAUUCUGGAUGGAAAUGAACUCAGCUAUUUUGGACAGGAAGGGAUGACAGAAGUUCAGUGUGGCAAAGUAACUGUGCAGUUCCAGUGUUCUUCAGACAGUACCAAUGGCACUGGGGUUCAGGGGGGGCAGAUUCCAGAACUUAUCUUUUAUGCCUGAAAGAAGAUGGGUUCCACAACAUGGAGAGCGCUGUUCUAUGGUGUAUAUGUCUGGUCCAGACCUGUUUGAUACUUACCUUGCUGUCUGCAGAUAUGUGAUCAGUACAGGUAAUAUGUUCCUGAAUGCAGUGAACAGCUUAAUGCUUGCUGUACUUUUGUAACCUAAGUGUAAAAUUCUUUUUACUGGGAGCUCCCAGGAACAAGCAAAUGAGCAAAUUAUAAAAGUCAAGAGUUUCACAGCCUUACUACAGAUGAGAUGGCCUUUUUUGUGAAAGAAAGGAAAUAGAUGUUCUCCUCCAUUCUGUUUCCCACCUACCCUUUUAACUUGCUACUUUCUCCUGUUCUUUUGAUUUAUUUAUUUUUGUUUCCUUCAUGCCAUAGGCUUUUCAAACAUCUCACUGUUUGUUUUAACGGACACCCCCUCACACUUCCACUGGAGGCUGAUUUGGCAGCAACACCACCAAUUCACACAAAAAAAGCAGUUUUGCUAGAGACGAGUUUGGUCUUCCUGCAUGUGCUAAUAAGAUGUUGGGAAGUUGUGUUAAUUGAGAUGGACCACUGGGAUGAACUGGUGCAUUGAGAAUGUCUACAAAGGAAAGUAAGUCUCCUCAAGGAGCAAAGUGGGUUAUGCACAGUAGAUUCUUACUUUCUUCAACACCAUUCUCCCAAUCUUCUCCUGAGACACAAAACAACCCCUGCUUGCCCAUCUAGUGCAUUGAAAUGAAUGGUGUUUUCACCAUGGCAGUGCCUCAAUGACCCAUUUCUUUUUAAUAAAGCAUUUCCCCAUUUAAUAAGCCUUUGUAGUCACCCUUUAUUGGUCCAGUCCCUUUCCCACAAUUUUCUGAUCUGUAGAAAAGGAGCAAAUCCCUAGUGACUAUUUUUUUGUUUUUCCAAAGGCAGUUGAGAACUUUUUGGCAUGGGGUUACUUUUACCACCUGGGUAAAAUAAUAAUAAUAAUAAUAAUAAUAGCAAUUUUUGUAGUAUUAUAUUACUUUCAAUUGCUGUGGAUAGUUCACAAAUUGACUAAUGUGACAGAUAAAUUGAUAGAAGCAAGAAGCAAGUAGGUUUCAAAGACUUCUCCAUUUCUGGGUCAGUAUCCAAAUAGUAGGUUGGACAAAAUGCAGUUGUACUUAAAUAUUCACCCACAUGUUUGCUUUUUAAAGAUGCCCCAGAUCUGUGAUUUUUUUAAAAAGAUGCCCAGAUUUCUUGGCUUUCAGAAUCCCCCUAACUACGUACUGUGUCUGGGAUCAAAUAGUAACAUGGCUGGCGUGGAUGCUGUUUGUAGUUUUUCUUCUUAGAGCUGCUUUUUAGCACAGCUGUAAAUGGUUGCUUUGAGUAGCAUUCAUUACCACACUCCAUAGAACGCCUGUUAAGACGCAUCUCUAAAACAUGUAUAUGUUCAUUUUAUAGGAAGUUUUGAUUUUUGUGUAAUUGUAAUGAAAUUCGUAAUUGCCAGCAUUUUCUGAAAAGGGGACAUUUGUGACUUAGAUUUCCCCCGUUUUAAUUUGAUCUUCAUUCAGAUCUGAAGUUCAGUUUUCAUUGACCAGAAGCAUUUUUUUCCUCUCUUAUUUUAAAUUGGUUGUCAGGCUUCCUGUAGAACCAUCUGUGUUCUUGGCAGGAAAGGGCUGCAGGCUGGGUGGUAGUAAAAAUGAAAGGAAAUAAGCAUAACUGAAUGAUACAGAGCAAUUUCAUGUUCAUGAAAUAAUAAAAGGCACAUUUUCAAGUAGGCAACACUUGUCUCUGCUUGAAAGUUGCUUACAGUGGUAUUCCCAAGCUGAUUUUCAACUCCCCUUGCUUUAAAUUAAGAAUAUGAUUUAUUCAGUAAAGUAAGCAUGAAUGCUUCCUGCUACAUUGUUUAAGGUGGGAGUGUACCUCCCCAACACUAAAUCUACACACUGAUAUAACUAUAUAAAUGUUUCUCCCACCUCUCCACCCAUCAAUAUGGUACAUUAUCUGUUCAUGUGCUUGCUCUGAAUAUUUUAACCUGCUGGAAUCCUGGCUUCUAGUAGUCUUUUUAAGUGCCAUUAAGAAUCUAAAAUAUGGUGGAUUGGGCAUGAGAAAAUCCAGCCUUCAAAUGCAGUGUUUUCUCAGAUGUGUAUAAUAUAAAGGAAAACACAGAGGCUAUUCUUAAAGGGAAAAUGUUAUUAUUGCCUUUUUAAUUAUUUCAAACGGUAUGAUGUAAAACAGAAGCAUAUAAAUGCUCUCAUGUUGUAUUGAGGUUGCUUCCUGAUCAGAUGUACCUGAUGUACAUCAGAUGUAUCCUCAAGAACCAUUGUGGCUGGCGCAUUGAUCUCACACCCAGGGAGAACCAGGUAAAAGCCCUGCUCAGUCACAAAAUUCCCCGGGUGCACUUAGGCCAGUCUCUCAGCCUAACUUUCCUCACACUGAUGCUGUGAGGAUGAAAUUGGUGGCAGGACAUCAAGGAAGGGCAGGAAUAGAAAUGAGAAUGAAUAAUUUGUGCAUAAUGUGCUGGGAGAGGGGGAGGGGCUCCUGCAGAUGCUUCCCCAUGCUUUUUCAUGAACCUCAAAUAAGAGUCACAACGGAAUUGCAUGGUUUGAGCAAGUAGUGCUAUUUCCCCUAUUAGCAAUCCUAUAAAAGCCAGUUUCCAGACUAGGGUCAUGUGGGGUUUUUGAUGCCCUGUGCCCUCUUGGCCUCUAGAUGGCAUAUGUACACUGCUGCUUUUACUUAAUGCCCCACUGAAACAGAUGGCGGUCAAGAGGUCCAGAAUGGUAUCCGAGUGUAGCACUUUAUAUUUCCCUUAAGCGUGAAUGUCUUGCCAUUCACUUCCAUGGGGGGAAGUAACUGGGUUUAGUAGGGUGUAGUGCAGGGGAGAAAGAAGGCUAGGUUAGGCGGCCCCUGAUUUUGGAAUGGAAUGCAUAGCUCAACCUCCCCUGAAAAGGGGCGUCUUUCUGUCCCCCUUCCCUUGUUUGUCAAAGCGACAGGCGCUUAUUCAGUUUGAACCUGAAAGCAGAAGUGAGUAUCAUUUGCCUACCAUUAUGAGCAGUUCUUAAACCAGUUUGCAGUGGUAAAUUGCAAUCCUUUUUUGAUGGUACAUUUCGGUGCACCAUCUCCUUUACUGUACAAGGGUAAUGUCAAUGAGGUGUGCUGUCAGAUACAAAAAAUGCAUCUUAAACCAAUAUAAAAAUUAAGCAAUAUAUUGGUUUACUCUUAAGAUAAGGGAGGCAUAGCUUGCUGCAUAAAAGUUAGCAUGUGUCUUCUGCAACUGAGUCACUUAAGCUGAUCAAGAGGCCUGGACCUUCCCCAUGUGUUCCUUGAAAAAAGAGAGAUGAGUUCAGAGUUUAAAUAGUAUUAAAUUUGUCUUAGUAUGGACAAUAUUUUAAAGCAUAUUUUGAAGCUGAUUUGCAUUCAAGGCACAUACUGCAGAGGUGUUUAAAAAUUAUCUCUGCAACCAUGAGAGCUAAAUACUUUCACAGCUUUCACGAAAGCACCCUUCCCUGCUUUUAGAUUAUACAGGAGAGAACUAAGUUAUGCUUCCAACACGAUUGGGUGUUUGUAUUCUGCUUGGUGCACAUUAUUUUACAUGCCUCACAAUGCACUCCUGUGCACAUCUACUCAGAAGUAAAUCUCAUUGAGUUCAGUGGGUCUUGCUUCCAGAUAAGCAUGCACAGAAUUACAGCUUUAGACAGUAGAAUUUAAAGUGUGCAUUGCACUACUUUCGGCAGUUUUCAGGUAAAAUGCCUUUAAAAUUCAUAUUAAACUUGGGCCACUUCUAGUAUGAAUUAUUUUUAUUGUCAGCAUCUGUACCAUGCCUUUCUAAGGCAUAUUCAAUGCAGCUUGUAAUCAAAAUAAAAAGAAUGCACAAAAAAGAACAAAAAUAUGAGGAAAAUGGCAAAGCAAUAAAAAGGUCUAAAAACUAUAGGAAAAUCUGGCAGGGGGAGGGUGAAAAAUGAACAUACGCUGCAAAAGCUUGCUGUAAUAAAAUUGCCUUUGCUGCUCAUCUAAAAGUGAGUAGCGAUAGGGCCAGGAGCACCUCCUUUGGGAGGCUGCUCAGAUGUAUGACUGAGAAAAGUAUAAAUGGGAUCAAAAUGAAAAGUCAGAAUGCUAAUAUAUUGAUAAGGAGGGAACACACAAAGAAUGGGGAAGUCCGCAUUUUCCGAGUGUUCUGCAGAAGCUGAGGAUUUCAGAGUUGGUUCUGUAGAUAACACCAGAAAAUUCAGCCAAAUGAAAUCUGCUACCUAAAGUGGCACUUUAACCAGGCAACUAGCAAUUUUAUGAAGGAGGUUUUUGUACCUUUCAGAAUUGUCCACGUUGGAUCUAGUUCCUGGUCAGUUGUUACUCUCCAGGGAGCAACCUGGUAAAGAGUCUUGCGCGUGCAAACCAUCCCCAGAUAGAAAGUAAUGCGUGGUACUGCAUUUGGUUGAAUGGUGUUGUAUUCUCCAUGGUGUUGUAUUCAAAGUAGAACUAAGGCUGUUGUUCCAUCAGCACAAACCUUUCUGCUUGCUUGACAGAGCUAUCUCCCCUUCCUCAGCAUGCCAUUCUGAGGAUUCUCCCAAACCCCUGGAGAAGAUUUCGGGAGAGCACAUUGGAAAGUCCUAAUGCGCUAGCAGAAAUCGUGGUCCCUAAGGCUUCUGGUUACUUUCUUGAAUGGGGCAGGGGGUUAGAGCACAGUAGAUUGCAUACAAGAGCCUCUAGGUUCAAUCUUCAACAUCUGAGAAAUGCACACACAUACCUUCUAAAACGAAAGCUGCCUGCCAGUCAGUGUGUACUAUUAAGCUAGAUGCACCAGUGGUCUGACUCUGUAGAAGACAGCUUCCUGUGGAUAAUGAAACUUCUACAGAGUUGAGUUUCCCCACUGCUGAUUAAUGAAAGUCCUUUUUGCCUGAGGACCUACGUCACUUUUAGAACGAAUAAAGGAGAAUGCCCAAUGAAAUAUGCCAAAUAAAAAAACAAUUACAGGGUCUUCAUUCAGCAUCUCUGAAAUGCACAAAUGGCUGUGUGUGGACUUUGCUGUUCUCUUACAUGAACAAGGGUAUGCAGUGAGAAAUCUCUGUACAUGCACAGAGGCACACCUCUGUGCAUACAAGGUCCUUGCAUGCAGGGGAACUAUGCAUUUGUCUCUUAAAUGCAUAAAGUGCCCCAGAACUGCUGCUAUUUGUUAACAUUAACACUAAUUACAUUAUUGGCAUUCAUAUUUUAAUAGUGCUAUUUAAAAGUAUCUGCUGGUGAUCAUACCACCACUAUCAAUGAAAGGCUUUACCCAAAUGGCAUUGAGUCAAUCCUGUUUUCUGUAUCUACCCAUGUUAGGUUGGAUUCAUUCUAAUCAAUGUAUGUUGCCUUAAAUGGUUUGUGGAUUGAACUAUAAGGCUGCCAGCAUCAAUUGACUGGAAGCAGGGGAUGUCUGUAGAAUUGUUUCCAGAUGAGAGCUUUGUACCCUUAAAUAGAAAGUCAAUAUCCUAAAUGUAUGAAUUCCUGAAUAUUUUGGUUUAUUCUUCUAAAGCACCAGACAUAUUUAUCUGGAACAGAACAGAGCCUGAGAUGUGAGAAAAUAUUAUAGAUGCUGUUUAAAUUACGCCUAACAUCUUGUUGCAUGGCGAGCUGGAAGGGGGAAGGGAAGCUGUUAACUGGAUUUGUGGUGUAAUAUACUUUAAGCAUAUCUGACAUAGUAUUUAAGUAAAUGUUCUAAUUUCUACAGUACUUAUUGCACUGAUUUUUUUAAAUGUUAAAACUCCGUUAUUUCAAAGACAACUGCGUCUAGUUGUGCUUGGAGCAGUGCUUGACUAUAGCAACCGAUGGCAUUAUUUAUGAAGGACAGAUAUAUAUAUAAAUAUGAAGUACCUCAAGUUGAAUGUUAUCGUACUGUAUCUUUAAUGUAACAGUGCAGAAUUUUAGUAGACACAUGAAUGUGUAUAAUCACAUUUAAAAGGCAAAUAAAAAUUGAAUUGGUUCUUA